AUGUCUGCUCAUCUUAAUUCCUGUCUCUUUUCUAUCCUUUAAGCUGAAGAGGAGAAGCCAGCAUUCUGGAACCAGCAGGCAUCCAAAGCCAUCCAAGGUGCCCUGACUCUCUCGCCACGGCACCACCGAGCUAAGAAUCUCAUCCUUUUUUUGGGAGACGGCAUGGGCAUUCCUACCAUUACGGCCACACGCAUCCUGAAGGGACAGAUGCACGACCACCUGGGUCCAGAGACACCACUGGCCAUGGACGCUUUCCCUUACCUGGCUCUUUCCAAGACGUACAAUGUGGACCGACAGGUGCCGGACAGUGCCGGGACUGCCACCGCCUACCUCUGCGGGGUGAAGGGCAACUACAAAACGAUCGGGCUCAGCGCUGCGGCCCGGUAUAACGAGUGCGCUACGACAGCAGGCAAUGAAGUCACCUCUGUGCUGAAGAGAGCCCAGCUGGCUGGCCGCUCCGUGGGGAUCGUGACCACCACUCCUGUCCAGCACGCUUCUCCGGCCGGGACGUACGCGCACGUGGUGAGCCGCAACUGGUACGCAGACUCCGAAAUGCCGGCGUCAGCCAUCGCAGAAGGCUGCAAGGACAUCUCCCAACAACUCAUCGAAAACGUCGACAUCACAGUGAUGUUGGGGGGCGGUAGGAAGUUCAUGACCCCAGCUGGCACUCCAGAUCCCGAAUAUCCCCACAAUGCCUCAGAAAAUGGUGUCCGCCUGGAUAACAGGAACCUCAUAAACAUUUGGCUUAACUCAUCUCAGGGCAACCGUUAUGUCUGGAACCGAACCGAAUUGUUGAAAGCUGCAAACGACCCAGAUGUGCACCGCCUGAUGGGCCUCUUUGAACCUGAGGAGAUGAAAUACAAGCUUUUUCGUGACAACUCCACCGACCCAUCCUUGGUGGAGAUGAUGGAAGUGGCUAUCAAAAUCCUUAGUCGUAACCCCAAGGGGUUCUACCUCUUUGUUGAAGGAGGCAAGAUCGACUACGGACACCACAGCAGCGUUGCCAAAUGGGCUCUGACCGAGGCGGUGGAGUUUGAUGAUGCCAUCCAGCGGGCCGGGGAGCUGACCAGCGAAUCUGAUACUUUGACUGUCGUGUCUGCUGACCAUUCCCACGUCUUCACUUUUGGUGGCUAUACCUUGAGGGGCAGCUCUAUCUUUGGUAAGAGGCUGGCGCUGGCGAAGGUGGUGUUUGGGCAGCCUGGGGUGCCAGCUCAUGAAUAUAAUUGGUCCCAUACAGAGCCUUCAGAGCUGUGGUUGAAGUUCAAGAUAGCCAUCCUAAGGGGUGGUGGUGGUUUAGGAAACAAUCUACGCUGA